UUAUAAGUGGGGCAAAUAAUAAACUAAGUUAUUUGCAAAAUAGGUCCCUUGAAACAAUCCCAUUUUCAGAAUCUCCCUCGCCAGUAGCCACCGUCGGAUUGAAACCGUGGGCCCUGAAACUGCCAUCUUACCAAGGAGACUUUAGUAGAAUCUUUCCACUUUAGGAAAUGGAGUAAUGAACCAACAAAAAAAGUGAUUAGGAACUGCCAUCUUACUAAGGAAGGAGAUUGUGAGACUGUGACCGUACUCCAUCCUCCACUAUGUUCAGCUCAGAUCAGACCUUCAAACCCCAAACCGACGCCGUAGAUGUCUUCUGGCACGAAGGAAUGCUCCAACACGACGCUGUCGAAGGCGUCUUCGACUCAGGACUCGACCCCGGAUUCCUCGACGUACUUGAGAAGCACCCGGAGAACGCCGACAGAGUCAGGAACAUGGUUUCGAUUCUCCAACGUGGUCCCAUCGCUCCCCAUGUCAACUGGCUUCCCGGGCGUCUCGCAAUCGUCUCGGAGCUUCUAACGUUUCACACUUCAGGUAGUUCGAUCGAUCGAUCCAAAGACUACAUAAACAAGCUAAUAGAGGCAGAUAAAUCAGGAGAAAGGCGUGAAAUCUCCGCAGGUACUUUCAUGAGCCCAGGGUCUUGGGAAGCUGCGCUUCUUGCAGCCGGAACAACUCUAUCAGCAAUGCAACACAUUCUCGACAGCCACGGCAAAAUAGCUUAUGCUCUAGUACGCCCACCAGGCCACCACUCACAGCCCACUCAAGCUGAUGGGUAUUGCUUCCUCAACAACGCAGCUCUCGCCGUGAAGCUAGCAUUGGAUUCAGGACAAUGCUCGCGAGUUGCGGUUGUGGACAUCGAUGUGCACUACGGGAACGGCACGGCUGAAGGGUUUUACAGGUCUGAUAAGGUUCUCACGGUGUCGCUGCAUAUGAACCACGGCUCGUGGGGGUCGUCUCAUCCGCAGAGAGGGUCUGUUGAUGAGAUUGGCGAAGGUGUGGGGUUGGGUUAUAACUUGAAUGUUCCUUUACCUAAUGGCACUGGUGAUAAGGGUUAUGAGUAUGCGGUGAAUGAGCUGGUGGUUCCUGCUGUUAGGAGGUUUGGACCUGAUAUGGUUGUUCUUGUUGUUGGUCAAGACUCCAGCGCUUUUGAUCCAAACGGGAGACAAAGCCUGACGAUGAAUGGAUACAGAAGGAUUGGGCAGAUAAUAAGGGCAAUGGCAGAGGAGCAUAGCAAUGGAAGGUUGCUUAUGGUGCAAGAAGGAGGGUAUCAUGUAACAUAUGCAGCUUACUGCCUCCACGCCAUGCUUGAAGGCGUGCUGAAGAUUCCAGAACCGCAUCUAUCGGAUCCGGUUGCUUAUUACCCUGAAGAUGAAGCUGUUGCUGUUGAAGCUGUUAAGUCAAUCAAAAGAUACCACUCUGAAUUUGUUCCAUUUCUCAGAGGGACUUGAAGUGGUGUAGUUUUGAAUUUAUUCCUCUUGUUGUAACAUUUUGGAACAUAUAUCAAUGCAGAUAAAAUCAAGUACUAUGA